GGAUGCCAAAUCAAGUAAAGAUGAGAAAAUGGAAUCAUACCAAAUAAUCAACCAUAACAUAGGCAACCUUUUCCCACUCAACAAAUCUGAUUUGACAUUUAUCAAUCCCUUUGUUUACUUUCAUCUUUCUCAUGUCAAGAUCACACUCUUACCUCUCAUUUAUAUAAACAACAGAGAUCCAAUUCUAUUUGGUAAAAAGUGAAUCUCAAACUUGAGUGUAUAUAUUAUAUAUAUAAUCAUAUACAUAUAGAGAGAGAGGAGCGUGAGAAAGAGAGAGAGAGAGAAUGGGGAAGGGAAGAGCACCUUGUUGUGACAAGACCAAAGUGAAGAGAGGUCCAUGGAGCCCAGAAGAGGACUUGAAACUCAUCUCUUUCAUUCAAAAGUUUGGUCAUGAGAACUGGAGAUCUCUCCCCAAACAAUCUGUUAUCUCUCUCUGCAUUUUUGAUCAGGUGGUCGAAAAUCGCUUCUCAACUUCCAGGGCGAACAGAUAACGAGAUCAAGAAUGUGUGGCAUACCCAUCUAAAGAAAAGACUGGUUCAGAUCUCAGGAACUGAUUCUACUGCAUAUGAACCGGCCUCUCCUUGUUCGAGUGAUUCUGUUUCUCGUGGGAAAGAGGCCAAGUCUCAAGCAGAUGGUUCUUUCAACAGAAGGACCUCUCAGGAGUCUACUACUUCAGUGUCUUCUGGUGGUUCCAACAAGCCAAACCAGGAGGAAGAUGAUCCAAACAUAGGCUUCAUGUUUGAGUACAGCGAACUUAAUGAUAUUAUUCAAGAAGUAGACAAACCCAAUCUCCUGGAGAUCCCUUUUGAUUCAGAUCCUGACAUCUGGAGCUUCUUGGAUGGUUCGAACUCGUUUCAGCAAACCUCUGCAAACGAGAACAGCUCAGCUUCAAGAGCAGAAGAAGAGUCUGAUGAGGAUGAAGUUAAGAAAUGGCUCAAGCACCUGGAAAGCGAACUCGGGUUAGAAGAAGAUGAGAACCAACAGCAUAAACAAGGAAAACAAGACCAAAAAGAAGAAGAAGAGUCAUCAUCACUCUUGAAGACCUACGAGCUCAUGAUACAUUAA